AUGAUAAACGCUGCCGGGGCGGUCGCCCGUAGGAUGCCGUCGGCGGCCCGGCGGAGCGGCUGCUGGAUCGCUUGGUGCCAGGCGGUGCUGCUCUGCGCGUCGGCGCUGGUCAUUGUGGUCGAACGGAGCGCUCUGAUCUACUGUGUAGGGUUUUACCUCUGGAAUGAAGAAACACAAUGGGCAGGCCUCACUCUAGGCCUCUUCCUUCCGGGGACGGCCGUUCAGCUGCUGAGUGUGAAGUGGUACUAUGAUGAUGGUGAUGAUCGGCGAUGUUACCUCUCCGUCAUACACCUAUUGCACUUGGGCAUCUUCAAAAGGUUAUGGGACUGCACGAGGACAGUGCUGCACAUGCAGGGCUCUGUGGGCGAGCUCGGUGCCGCCGUCAUGCAGCAGGCAGACGUGGCUGCCCUUUGGCUGCUGGAGGCCCUCGUCCUCACCCUGCCUCAGAGCCUGCUGCAGGCAUACGUGGUGGUCUCCACCGAUGUGGGCAUCAUGUCACCAGUGGCUUAUUGCUGUGGUCUGUGCCUGCUGUCGAUCUCUUGGGCCCUGGUGCUGUACAGCCGGGCCUGCUGUCUGAUCCGACCAGGCCACCUGGCCAUGCCGCCGGCUGCCCUGCUGUGCCAGCUGGUGUGGAGGGCGGGCAUGCUGGCUGCCAGGGUGACCUGCCUCAUGUUGUUCGCCAGGGUCUUUAACUGGUGGGUCUGCGGAGUGGCAGGUUUCCACUGGCUCACGGCCUCCUUCUGGCUCGUAUCCCAGCAGCCAGACAUCUGCAGCGGCCCCUGGUGCUGGCGUGCCUUCAAUGGCAUCAUGGGACUCGUCCACAUCUUCCUCUUCCUCAAUGUCAAAGAUGGACCCUCGCGCUUCCGAAUGGCCAGCUUCUAUGCGUUCAUGCUUGUGGAAAAUGCCACUCUGCUGUUAGCCGCCUCUGACUUCCUUAGCGAAGCAUCAUGGGACAGCAUGACCCUCCCCACCGCUGUGCUGUGCAGCUUUCUUCUCGCCACUACCUCUCUGGUCCUGUACUACCGAUUCCUUCAUCCCAAGUCAACAGAAAUCUCCCAGGGCUUGAACCACAACCACAUGGGCAGCACCUGCAUAGAGCGGGGGGAGUCCUCCUUCUCACUGGGGGACAAGAGCCUCCCAGCCACUUCCAUUCACAACCACGGCAGCUUCUCCCUCUCCGGUGUGGCGGGUUCUCUUGUGAAUCACCCGGGGACCUGUGGCGCUCGGCCCAACAGCUCCUGCCCCUGCUACCACCACCACUGGCUCCUGAUCCGGCUGGCUCUGAAGACAGGAGACCUCGGGAAGAUCAACAGGGCGUAUGGCGCUGGCGGGGCGGCGGCCAUACUGGACAUGGAAGAGUACAACCAAGAGUUAAAGAGUAACGAGGGGAUCACGACCACAGUAGGAGGCAGCUGCGACGGGGUGUCCACCUCUGAAUCGCAGGAGAAGGGCCUGGCGCCCCUCUCGGACUGCAAGGAGGAGUUCCAGAGUGUGAGUGAACCCACAUCGACCGAACAACCCGAAGAGGAGGAAGAUGACAGUCUGGAGAUGGAGAGCCCACUGGAGUCUCCCGCAUCAGACUUCAAACGCAGCUCUCCAGAGGGCAAAUCUGUUUUCGGAGACAGUCCGGAGCCAUACUUCUGCCCCACAGAGUCAAGUUCAACUCUGUACUUCAGUGCUGAUCCCCAGUCUCCCAGCAGCGCCAGUAACCCCCGUCUGGACCGGGACACUGGGGGCCUGGAGCAGGGCUCGUGCCUCAACUCCAUCCCAAGCGACCCAGCCCUUCACCGAGGUGUGCGCGGGCUAAUGGGCCGGGUGGGGCCGCGGUACACUUCCACUCCUAAAUUGGACUCUGGAGUGCUGGACUCCCCACCCACUGUCCCGCACCUCACAGGCCCAAGGAGGCAGCUAAUAAUGUCCCGAAGAGACGAAGACGAAAACUUCUAGCUUUCUCAUGAGAGAAUCAGGGAAAGAGCAUCAGAAACUUUUCCAGCAUUAAAGAAGUACAUCAACUUUAUGGCAAAUAAGCUUUUAGAUCACAGAGAGAAAAAGCUCACUGGGGUUAGAUAGUA